GUCAAGUAUUUCGGGCGCCAGCGACAGAGUUAAAGUCAUUUAAACUCAAUGACAGUGUCCCCAACGAUCGUCAAACAUCCGAUUCGAAAGUCGGGCAGUGAAUCGCGGUCAAUAUGGAUCAACUGGUUUGGCUUUCGUUUUGCAUUUCACUUGGAUUUUUGCUCCUGGCCAAUUUCACCGCUGGCCUACCGUUCGAGGAUGGCAACAAUAACAACGUCAAGAUCACCCGCCGCAGCUUGGAGCUGACACAAACCAUCAACAUUCAGCGGCAGGAGUACAUGCAGCGGCAAUGCGAGCUUCUGGGGGAGAACACCCAAACGCUGGCGGAUCUCAGCGAGCUGCAGAUGGACCACAUGAUCGUGGACAGGGAGCACAAACUGCUCUACUGCUACGUGCCCAAGGUUGCCUGCACGAACUGGAAACGGGUGCUGAUGAUGCUCACGGACAAGUGGCACAACGGUACCGAUCCUCUGCAGAUCCCGGGAUCUUUGGCUCACUCGGUGGGGAUGUUCACCAAGCUGUACGAUCUAACUGAAGCCGAGCAGCAAGAGGUUCUCAGUGAGGAGUAUACGCGGUUUAUCUUGGUGCGACAUCCCCUUGAACGGCUUCUCUCCGCUUAUAGAAAUAAGUUGGAGGGGGAUUCCCCCAGUGCCCGGUACUUCCAGUCGCGAGUGGGUCGGCAGAUUGUGAAAGAACUGCGACCGGGAGCCAGUAACGCUUCACUGGAGCACGGUGACGAUGUUACCUUUAAAGAAUUUAUCCAAUAUCUGGUAACUCCCGAGCUAAGUCGAGCCAAUCAGACGGAUUACAACGAGCACUGGGAGGUUAUAGCCACGCUAUGCAAUCCCUGUGUGAUGAAAUACAACGUAGUGGGCAAAUAUGACACUCUGCUGGACGAUUCCGCAUUGGCUUUGUACUUGGCUGGAGCCAACAAUCUAACAUUCCCCACUGGCCAUAAACCAUCGAGCACGCGGGCCAAUCUGCGCAACUAUUUUGAUCCCCUACCCAUCGGUGCCAUACGCCAGUUGUACGAAAUCUAUGAGGAGGACUUCCGUCUCUUCGACUAUGCAUUGGAUGAGGUUCUAGGUUUUGAGUUCGGCUGAUUGUAAAUCUCGCUCUCUCUAUAUUUCCAAGUCACCACCAUAACGCUUUCCACUGGAAAAGAUUGUGAUUUUAGGCUAGGAUUCGUAGAAUUUAGUGCACUCCAAUGCGAAUAUUAGUUUAAUUAAUUAUGUAUACCUCCCCGCGCACAAAUGUUUCCAAGGGUUUAUUUUGUUUGACUUUUUAAUGUUUGUUUGUCUAGCACUUAAAUAAUUUUAGAAACUUCAAGCGUCAUUCAAAUAGGAAUUACCUAAUAUUAGUUACUUAGUAUUUAACUUGUAUAUUAUUGAUCAAAUAUAGCAUAAACAUAUUAAAUGUG